AUGGGAGGCGCCGCUGGAUUUGUCCGCACAUCCCUAGCUGUCGUCACCUUUCUGGUUUGGUGCCAAGCACAGAGUAGCACAAGGAACUACGGGCCAGUGUUUGAAGAGCAGCCCGUCCACACCCUCUUCCCUGAAGGCUCAACAGAAGAGAAAGUCACGCUGGCUUGCCGAGCAAGAGCCAGUCCUCCUGUGACCUACAGGUGGAAGAUGAAUGGCACAGAGAUAAAGAUGGAGCCAGAUUCCCGUUACAGGCUGGUUGCAGGUGACCUAGUGAUAAGCAACCCAGUGAAAGCCAAGGAUGCUGGCUCCUACCAAUGCGUGGCAUCUAAUUCCAGGGGCACAGUGGUCAGCAGGGAAGCCUCCCUCCGCUUUGGCUUUUUGCAGGAAUUCUCCGCAGAAGAGCGAGACCCCGUGAAGAUUACAGAAGGCUGGGGAGUGAUGUUCGCCUGCAGCCCUCCUCCCCAUUACCCAGGCUUAUCCUAUCGAUGGCUCCUGAAUGAGUUUCCCAAUUUCAUCCCAGCCGAUGCAAGGCGUUUCGUCUCUCAGACCACAGGAAACCUUUACAUUGCCAAGACAGAGGCUUCCGACCUGGGGAACUAUUCGUGCUUUGCCACCAGCCACAUCGACUUCAUCACCAAGAGUGUUUUCAGCAAGUUCUCCCGGCUCAGCCUCGCUGCAGAGGAUGCCAGGCAGUAUGCACCCAGCAUAAAAGCCAGGUUUCCUGCAGACACCUACGCUCUGGCUGGGCAGAUGGUGACUUUGGAGUGUUUUGCCUUUGGAAACCCUGUUCCUCGAAUAAAGUGGAGGAAGCUGGAUGGCUCGCAGUCCUCCAAGUGGAUCGGCAGCGAGCCCCUCUUGCAGAUCCAGGAUGUUGGCUUUGAGGAUGAAGGCACUUAUGAGUGUGAGGCUGAAAACAUCAAAGGGAGAGACACCUACCAGGGCCGCAUCAUCAUUCAAGCUCAGCCGGAGUGGCUGAAGGUGAUCACAGACACGGAAGCCGACAUCGGGUCCAACCUGCGCUGGAGCUGCGCGGCUGCUGGCAAACCCAGGCCCGCAGUCCGAUGGCUUCGGGACGGGCAGCCGCUGACCUCCCAGAACCGCAUCGAAGUGAGCGGUGGAGAGCUGAGAUUUUCCAAGCUAGUCCUGGAGGACUCUGGCAUGUAUCAGUGUGUGGCUGAGAACAAGCAUGGCACAGUAUAUGCAAGUGCUGAAUUAACAGUGCAAGCUUUAGCACCAGAUUUUAGACUAAACCCAGUGAAGCGACUGAUACCUGCAGCCCGAAGUGGGAAGGUCAUCAUCCCAUGCCAACCAAGAGCAGCACCAAAAGCCACUGUGCUCUGGACCAAAGGGACUGAACUUCUGAUCAACAGUAGCAGGGUGACUAUUACCACAGAUGGCACCUUGAUCCUCCAGAACAUCAGCAAAUCUGGAGGAAAGUAUACCUGCUUUGCUGAGAAUUUCAUGGGCAAAGCCAACAGUACUGGAAUCCUCUCUGUUCGAGAUGCCACCAAAAUCACAUUGGCACCAUCUAGUGCUGAUAUCAAUGUAGGUGAAAACCUUACUCUACAAUGUCACGCAUCCCACGAUCCAACUAUGGACCUAACCUUCACCUGGUCACUGGAUGAUUUCCCCAUUGACUUUGACAAGUCUGAGGGGCACUACCGGCGAGCCAGUGUGAAGGAAGCUAUUGGGGACCUCAGCAUCUUCAACACCCAGCUAAAGCACUCGGGGCGGUACACAUGUACAGCCCAGACAGUUGUGGACAGUGCUUCGGAGUCAGCCACGCUGACUGUCAGAGGACCUCCAGGCCCUCCCGGGGGUGUGGUGGUGAGAGACAUCAGUGACACCACCGUCCAGCUGAGCUGGAGCCGUGGCUUUGAUAACCACAGCCCCAUUGCCAGGUACAUCAUCGAGGCGCGGACCCUCCUCUCCAGCAAAUGGAAGCAAAUGCGUACCAAUCCUGUAAAUAUUGAAGGCAACGCAGAGACAGCCCAGGUGGUGAACCUCAUUCCUUGGAUGGAUUAUGAGUUUCGGGUCCUAGCGAGUAACAUUCUUGGAGUUGGGGAGCCAAGUUUACCCUCCAGCAAAAUCCGUACCAAAGAAGCAGCACCUACUGUGGCACCAUCUGGGCUCAGCGGAGGCGGAGGGGCUCCCAACGAGCUGAUCAUCAACUGGACGCCGACACUGCGGGACUAUCAGAACGGAGAUGGCUUUGGCUACAUCUUGUCGUUUCGCAAGAAAGGCACCCAGGGGUGGCUGACAGCAAGGGUGCCGCACGCAGAAUCGCUGCACUACGUCUACCGCAACGAGAGCAUUGGUCCCUACACGCCCUUCGAAGUGAAGAUCAAAGCGUACAACAGGAAAGGAGAGGGACCAGAGAGCCUCACUGCCAUCGUGUACUCUGCAGAAGAAGAACCAAAAGUGGCUCCUUUCAGAGUUACGGCCAAGGCUGUUCUGUCCUCAGAAAUGGAUGUGUCCUGGGAGCCCGUUGAGCAGGGAGACAUGACUGGAGUGCUUUUGGGCUACGAGAUCCGGUACUGGAAGGAUGGUGAUAAAGAGGAGGCAGCUGACAGAGUGAGAACAGCGGGGCUGGUCACAUCGGCUCAUGUAACAGGCCUAAACCCCAACACGAAAUACCACGUGUCAGUCAGAGCUUACAACCGGGCUGGAACCGGCCCCCCGAGUCCCUCCACCAACGUCACGACAACGAAACCACCACCAAAGCGGCCACCUGGCAACAUCUCUUGGACUUUUUCUGGGUCUACAGUCAGCAUCAAGUGGGACCCAGUAGUGGCGAAGGCAGAUGAGUCUGCAGUUACGGGGUACAAGAUGCUUUACAGGCAGGAUUCCCACUCUGCUCCCACACUAUUCCUGGCCAGCAAGAGCCGGAUCGACAUCCCCGUCCCUGAAGACUUCACUCACGCCUUUGUACAGAUCAGGGUGACGGGCCCUGGGGGAGAUGGAAUCCCAGCAGAAGUUCACAUCCUCCGAAACAGUGGGACAAGUAUGAUGGUGGAAGAUUCUGUGACGAGGCCAGUGCCACAUGCUGUCAUUAUCACAACUAACUCUCUAGUAAUGGUGGCCCUGAUCAGCUACCUAGAGCUCUGA